GUGGUAUGUUGAUUGACGGGUGGGUUUUUGAUGGCCAAUAGGGAGUCAAUAAUUUUGACGCCGCCUAUAAAUUUGAUCACGUGGUCAAUAUCAUGUGCUUUUAUUUGGCUUUUGAAUAAUUGGAUGCCCUCCCUCGUUCGAUUUCCUAUUUUGUAAAAGAGAUCUGGGAACAGUAUUAUCUUUGACGCAGGGAAUCCUAUGUGCAGAAAUAUGUUUUUGUAGUCAGCGAACCCAUUUCCAGCCAUUUGACUCCCGGGCCGCACAUAUAAACCGGAGGGGACAGAACAUCUUCAAAUUGAAUGCUGUUAUCCACUGUGUCUAAAGAUGUCGCUGUCAGUUGUCAAAUGUCAUCUCCACUUUUCUCCAAUUUCACGAGAGUUAGAAAAUGUCAACUUCUCAGAUUGGAUUUGUUACAUAGAUUAUCUGAUAUCUCAGUAUUUUGUGAAUGAAUGAUGUUGAAAACAACACAUAUGACAUUUAGUAGCUGAUUCCAUACAUUGGUAUAAUUACAGGUAGAUUCAUUGCGAAGAAAGUAAACAUGGGGUUUCAACCUGUAGAGAAUUUCAAGGGGUUCAUGACACAUCGUCCUCCACUGGUGAUGUUCAUGAUCACCCUUGGAGUCUUCGCUGUCAUCCUGGUAUCUGUGGCAUACUAUGUCAAACUGAACGAUCUCCAAAACCCCGAUGUUAAGGACUGGAACAACUUCCUUGAGAGCUUUUCAACCUUAGAAUUCUGUGUGACGGGGAAUUUGACCGAGUCCUCCGCAACAGAAGAAACCCCGACCACCACCCCACUUUCAAAGAAAUCAAAACGUGAUAAAUUGCACAAAAAGGGACACAAACUAACAACCACUCCAGUUGAAGUGUAUGAUGAAACUCAGAGAAAUCAUUCAGUGUCACUCCUACUAACAGUGGAACCGACCAUGGAGUUUGUGCGUCAGUCCCACAAUAUCACAAAACUUUCUGCCAUUGUCUAUGGACAUCAUUUGGGCCUUAGAGGUAGCCGGGCCCAGGAAGCCAUCAAUGUAACCAUAGACCUUCCUGUACAGUUCAACAAGACACAUUGCAAGAAUAACCACUGUGCACCUAUGCAGAUUGUCACUUGUGUUUUUUUCCAUGGGACCACUGCUUUAUUCCCUAGCACAAGGAUGCCAGAUACAUGCUAUGGCAUGAACGAGACUGGGGUAGAAUACCAUGCAGAGAUGGAUACACUUCCACAAACCAGCAUGUUUAAGAGUCAAGUAUGCCGUAACAAGGUCAAGGUCAAGGCGGACUACAGCUUCAAUCCCUCACUCACCAUGUGGCUCAGUGUGAAGGACAAAUCUGUGAUCAACCUUCACCUAAUGCACACCAGUUACUUCCUGUUCGUUAUGGUGGUGACAUUGCUAUGUUACGCUAUCAUACGAGGCAAACCUAAACAAAUCAUCAAAGUGGUCCAUGUCCAACCUGAUAAGGCAUCUAAUGGAAGAUUAAUAUGAACACAUUGUGAAACCAAAUCAAAGGAAGACCCUUAAUGUUGGAAAUUGAUGUAGAAUAUAACUACAGUUACAGUAUAUA